UGUUUAUGCACUAUUAUUAGUUUAUGAAUCGAAUAACAUACAUAAUGCAACACUUUAUUUUUUCCUUUCUUCAGCAUGAAUUGAAACUUCAACUGAUAAAGCAACAGAUAAAAGAUCAAGAAAACGAGCUCCGACUUAUGCUAAAUCUUAGGUAUGCAGGACAACAUAAAGAGGAAUUUCUGUUUGAACUACAAAUAAGCGUUAUUGCUGAAAAUGGUGAAAAAAGUCUCGACGGGAAUCAACGAGUUUAUGAUGUAAUGAAAGACUAUAUCCAAAAUGAUGAUGGGUCUAAUGAUACACCACUCAAUCACCUCCUGAAUUACAUCAAGGCCAUAAAUAAAUGCCAUAUCGUUGAUAUUUCUUCCACUAGCCAAUCAUCAACAGAAAUACACAUCCAAUGUCUCACUUCUGAGGCGAUGGAAAAUUUUCUGAAGGCUAUCAACAGCAACAACUUUCAACAAGUACUGUUUAAGAUUAGACGAUGGCUAUAUGUGCGAUAUGGCAUUAAAUCGCACGACAUAAUAGCUAAUUGCUCAUCAAAUGCCAUAGAGAAAGCAAAGCAACGUCUUCACUUUACUGAGGUUAUCAGAACUAUGUCUUGUGCCGAGCAUCAACAUACACAGUGUACUCUCUAUUGUCCUGACCAUGACACGUUGUUAUGUACAGCAUGCAGGGAAUCAAGACAUGGCACAUGUCUUGGAAUAAAACAAGUAACAUCUGAAAGGUCUUACGUUGAACAGAAACGUCGUCUCGACCUCAAAAAAUUCAAAGGAACUUAUAACGUUAGGAUAGGUAAAUCUUUGAUAAAUAGAGACAACAACGAUCAAUUUCAAUGUAGUGUAACUUGUAUGUGUAUGCUUCCUAAUAGUGAGGUUCUUCUUGCUGAUAAACGGAAUAAACGACUUAAGAAAUUGAAUAGUUCGUACAAGGUAAUAAGUCAUUGUGAUGUACCUGAAUAUCCCUAUAACGUAUGUUAUAUAGGCAACGAUACAGCUGUUGCUGGCUUAAGAGAUCAUUCCGUGCAAUACGUGAAUUUGUCAGGUAAUAUAAACCUAAGACGAUUAGUGAGGCUAAGUCAUAAAUGCCUCGGUCUAGCUUGUCACGGUGACACACUCUAUAUUAACAGUGGUGACACCAUAUACAAAUAUGACAAUAACUGUGAACAGAAGAAGUCUCUCUAUCAUUAUCGUGAAAAUCUGCAUAUGUUCUGCAAACAGUCAAUUUCUGUAAGUGACAAUGCUGAGCGACUCUACUUCAUUUCAAGUACAGGUUUAACUACAAUAGAUGCAAAAGGAAAUCAAUUAUUAAGCGAACAAUUUGACGGUUAUGAUAUAUAUGAUACUUGUAUUGCUGGCGAAGGUAUUGUUCUUGUAUUAGGUAAAACAAACACUCUUCAUCAGCUGGAUUAUACAGGCAAAAAGCAGCGGACUGAAAAUAACAUGACAUUAUGUCUACUUCCGAGUUCUAUGUGUCUUGACAGACAACGAUGUAGACUUAUUGUUGGUUGUGAUGUAGACAAUAUAAAUGUCUACAAAUGUGAGAUCUUGCCAAGUUAGUUGAUACAAUUGUUUUGGUAAUCCAAAACCAAAUGAAAAUGCAUUGAUAAACCACUGUUGAUUAUCAAACUAAUAAGUUUGUAAGUUGGCUUACUUCUUCCUUAAGGCAUUGCUUAACAGUUUGAUGUCGCACUUAUUUAUCUUGAAUGUAUUUGUAAUAACAUGCAUAUUUUACAAAGCUUUUUCAUAACAAAGGUUGAAUAGUUACAAGUUUGAAUCUGUUUAAAUCAAAAUCGAGAUAAUUUUACAACCGGACGCUAUUGUUUAAGGGCCAACGAAUGAAUUGAUGAUUGAGAUUGAUUUAUCCCGCAUAUUGUCAUUUCUACUAAUAGUCCUACACGCCAACUGUUUUAUAUCUUAGCAACAGGUUUAAGAAAAAUAUGCAUUAUGAUAUAUAGCUCAUAUGAAAAAAGGAAACUUCAUUCCAAUUUAUCAACGAAAUAAGACACAAUAUAGGCAUUUAUUGUAAAGACUGCAGGAUGAACUUAAAUUAAUGUCAUAUUUGAUUUUUUAGUACUGUACAGUGGGUAAAAGAACUUUUCCGUACUUGCAAUUUUGCUUGCGUCCAUGUAUUCAUGAAGAAAGAAAUAAACCAUUCGAAAUUAAAGAUCCUGUAAUACAAUUUUUUAUUGUUUAAUAUCAUAAAUAUGAUAAUCAAAUUAAAAUUGAUCUGCUUUGUAGGUUCCAAAAAGCAUUAUUUUUAAAAAAUAUUUUAUAUAAAGACUAAGUCAAAUUUUUCAAUAAGAAGUGAAUGCAUAUAGUUUAAUGAUUACAUAUAAUAUAUACAAAUAUUUGCAGUACAUAUUUUACAUAUUUUUCGAUGUUUGAAAAUUGUUUUAUAAGCAUAAUUAUAUACAUAUAUAUAAUUUCAUUUAAGUGUGGUGUACAACCUCAAUUACAAUAUACAGGAUCUUCAAAAUCGGUUUGACAUGUUUUUAUUGUUUGUGUAUUUUUGUUGUUGUUGUUUUUUUGUAUUCACCAAAUUAAACAAUAUUACAGCACUAUUUCCAUAU